GCUGAACUGCAGAAUAUGGUGUUAGACUCCGGUGCUGCCAUGGGAAGCAAUGAACUUCACGAGAAAGAUGCCACCGGAGCCCUUGGCCACGAUCUCAGCAAUGGCAGCAGCAGCAAUUUGGAAGCAGCCAGGCGCCUGGCUAAGCGCCUCUACCAUCUGGACAGAUUCAAACGCUCUGAUGUGGCAAAGCAUUUGGGUAAAAACAAUGAAUUCAGCAAGCUUGUGGCCGAAGAGUACCUUAAGUUUUUUGACUUCACAGGCAUGACGCUGGACUACUCGCUCAGGAGUUUCUUUAAAGCCUUUUCACUUAUCGGAGAAACCCAGGAACGAGAGAGAGUUUUAAUCCACUUCUCCAGCAGAUACUACCAGUGUAACCCAAACACCAUUUCUUCUCAAGAUGGAGUUCACUGUCUCACGUGUGCCAUGAUGCUGCUGAACACAGACCUGCACGGCCACAACAUUGGGAAAAAGAUGACCUGCCAAGAGUUCGUUGCUAACCUCCAGGGGAUGAAUGAUGGCAAAGACUUCCCGAAAGGGUUGUUGAAGGUAAGGAAUGAACUGCAGAACAUGGGUUUCAUUUUUA